GACGAGGAUAUGACAAAUUGGUUAGCCCCAGAGGGGAGACAUGCCAAAAGCUCAAACACGCCAUUGGAUCACUUCAAAUGCUCUCAAAAGAAGACUCCAAUCCUCGCAAACAGGAUACAGAUGGCCACGCAAAAUACACAGGCCUCUCCCAAGACGCAGGUCUCAAUCAAGACGCAGGUCUCAAUCAAGACACAUUUCUUACCCAAGAAACGCGUGUCCCUAAAAACGUGGAGCGGAGCGAAGAAACGCCAAGGAGGACUCCGCCACUCAUUGACCAUCCGAUCAGACGCGGGGGAACCAACCUGAACAACAACUAUGACGAAAAAAUGAAAGGAGCCGAGAAGACAUCGGACCUCCAGGGUUGUACAAACUUUCGGGAAUUCCCAGAGCUGGACCACGCGGGAAACAAAUGCAUACUUUUAGACUCUUACGCUGAUCAAAACGCCAAGUCACGGCACUCAGAAGAGUUGGAUAAUAUAAACAACAGCGCUGGCCGUAAAGACGCGCAAGACAACAGAGCGAGUAAGGUGAAUCUCGAGCCGCGGCAGAAACUUGCCAGCGGCGUGCUGAGGGGUUAUGGGUCAGAGGUCAACCCGGGUGACGCUCAAAACGAAAUUCUAUCGCAAUCCAUACCCGUGUUGGAUAUUGAUCACGCCGCACGAGACUGGAUAUCCUUCUACAACGUCCGGCGUGCACCAAACACUACCGGACGAUGCGUAACGAAAGCGGGUGACCAGCGCGGUGACUUUCCCGUUCCGACAACCAGCAAAGAUAAAGUGGAUUGUGGUCUAUACAGACGCGUGGAAAGGCUAGGUGGGCCGCUAGGUGGGCCGGACGUGAGCGAUUCGGAUUGUAUCGUCGAG